AUACGUGAUAUUCUCCGCCGCACUGUGAAGUGGGCCGUCCCUGUUUUAGUGGAGAGCUGCACGAGGAAGGCCCACCUCAGAGAUCAGCUGAAGAUAUCUGCGGCUUUAGACGGGUUCUAGUUUGAGUCGAGCGCGCAGGACGAAUCGGGGACAAGUCGGAGGCUGUGAGGAAACAGUAGCUUGGCCAAGAUGGAUGUGUUCAUGAAGGGUUUGUCCAAAGCAAAGGAGGGCAUGGCUGUGGCCGCAGAGAAGACCAAGGAAGGAGUUGCAGUUGCUGCUGAAAAGACUAAGGAAGGCGUCAUGUUUGUAGGUAGCAAGGCCAAAGACAGCGUGGGCACAGUGGCUGAGAAGACCACUGGAGCCAUGGGGAACAUCGUCGCUGCCACUGGUCUGGUGAAGAAGGACGAAUUCCCAGCUGACAUGAACCCUGAGGAAUAUGGGCAGGAGGCCAUGGAAGGCCAAGGAGAGGGGAUGUUGGAGCCAGAAGGGGAGACAUAUGAUGAGUCCCAGCAGGAGAGCCAGGACUACGAGCCAGAAGCAUAAACGCAUCAGUCCGAAACACCAUCCAGCCAGCAGCACAAUAAUAUUUCUAAUAAUAAUAAAAAGGACAAAUGCUGAAACUAUUCCAAUUAUAUUCCUGUUGCAAAAAAAAGGAAAAACGACAAAAAAAAGACAAGCAUUCCCACUGAAAAAUGUUCUUCCUUCAAGACAAAUCUUUUAUGAUUAUAUAUUGUAAAUGUCAUGUUAUUAAUGUAAUGUGUUGGGUGUAGGUAAAUCUAUUGAGAUGUAGGAUUCUGUCCUCUCAGUCUCAUUUCCUUGAUUCCCUCCCAACGAAAUGAGACCGGAGCCAGAGCUCGUGACUUUGUACUUGUGUAUCUGUAUUUAGACAUGUGCAAUAGAUGUUCAUCAUCUUCCAAUGAGACGUUGGGAGUGAGAAAAAAACUAUGACGUAUGACCAAUUGCAAGCAGAUAUGAAUACAAUAAUAUCCUCUUUAAGUGUCAACGAUGCCUGUUUGUGGUUCUUUUCUUUUGUUCUUUUUAUUAUGCAUUUCUCUGAAGAUAUGAUUUGUUAUACGAGUAAGGGUUUUUUACAUUGUAUCUUUCUAGUUCUUCGUGAAGUCAUUCCACUACAACUAUCUGUUAGGAACCAACAGAGUAUACAUGUUUGUGUGUGCGCGUUUGUGUGUAAAGAUUUUAACGAGUCGAUAUAUUAUGUCUUGGAAACAUAAUAGUUGUCAUAUUGAUAUGUGCUUUAAAUGGCAGAAUUUGUCAAUGUAAAGGUUUCUGUGUUAAGCCAGACAACAAAUCCUCUGUAAAUAAAAGUUUAAAAAA